UACUGAGUUUCUUACUCUAAGCAGAAACUUACUUUUAGUUUUGAAAAUUUAUACUAUUUACUUUAUUACUAUAAUACCUUAAAAACAAUAUGAAAAUUAUGUUCUUUUUGUUUUCUGUUGUUUUUGUGAGUGCUGUAUUACCGUUAAUCAAAGGAAAUGUAGUACUGAAGGAUGAUGGCUUCCUACCAGAGGAUUGUAAGUUAUUUCACAUGACAACUAAUUGUCACCACAACGGGACUUCCAGUGCCAUUGAUGUUUGGAGAUUUGAUGUUAAAGCUAAUGAUUGUAUAGAAGACCUUUUUUAUACUAGUUGCGAAGCCACCAAGAAUAAUUUUAAAAGUUUUGAGAAGUGUGUUAGUGUAACAUAUACACACUGUAUAAUACUGAGGUCCCAUGAUGCUUCAGCGUAGAUAAAAUAAAUUAUAUUGGUAUAAUGUAUUCUGCUUUAUACUUUUUAUAAAGGAUUAUAUCUCCUGUCUAUUAAAGAAUUAAACAAAA